CCCCCCAGGACCCCCCAAAUCCCCCCCCGGACCCCCCCCAGGAUGGAUUUCCUGCGGCGCCGCCUCUCGGAUGGGAAUUUCCUGGCGGGGGGGGGGCUGGGCGGAGACCCCCCCCCAGCUGGGGGAGGGGCGGGGAGACCCCCGCGGACCCCUCCCCCCACGGCGCCGCUGCUGCUCGUGAUCGCCCCCCCCGGCACGGACUGGGUGAAACCCUUCAAGGGCAAAUCCGUGCACGGGGACGUCGAGCUGAGAGUGGAGCAGGCCCAGUUCUCGGAGCUCUCCUUGGCCGCCUCCACGCACGGCGCCCUCAGCGUCAGCAUCGACCCCGCCCGGGGCGGCUCCAGGAAGGUGCGCCCCGAUUUUGUGCUGGUGCGGGAGGAGCCCGAGGGCGGCGCGGGGGGCGCCCCCCGGCGGCUGCUGGUGGGAUUGCACCUGGGGGGGGUCCCGGGCAGCGACCCCAUCCCCGCCCUGUACGGCUUCAGCCACCAGCCCUGCCUGUUUGCCCAGUUGGCUCGGCUGCAGCGGGAACUGGGCCAUGAGGCCUUUCCACUGGUGCCCCAGCGCUUCUGCAACCGGCCCCGGGGACUGCUCACCGCCCCCACCUUCCCCAUGACGGUGACGCUCAGCCCCGCCCCCGCUGGGGUGGGACAGGUGCGCGUGGGCUCCCCGCAGGUGCUCGGUGCCGUGGCCGCUGCCAUGGGCGGGGCCCGGGCGGGGGCGCUGCUGCGGGGGGGCCCCGUGGGAACCGAGAAACUGCGGGUGCAGAGGAUCGGGGACCAGUACAGGGCCCUGCGGUGGUCCGUGGGGGGCGGGGACACGGCGGGGGAGGGGCCGCAGGUGGAGCCGGUCGCGCUCAGCCCCAGGCACCGGGCGUGGGUUGACGCCUGCGCCGGCCUCUUCGGGGGCGUCGACAUCUGCGGGGUGGAGGCGCUGAGGGGCCCCGACGGGCAGGAGCAGAUCGUGCAGGUUCUGGGUUCCUGGCUGCCCCUGCUGGGCCCGGGCGCGGCCGAGGACCAGGCCCAGAUCGUGGAGUUGGUGCUGGAGCGGAUGAGGGAGGAGCUGCCCCGCCCCCGCAGCCCCUCCCCCGCCCGGCCACGCCCACAGGUGUCGGUGACAUCGGGGACCCCCCGGCCGGGGACCCCCCCCCAGCAGAGACCCCAACCCCAGGGUGCUCCGCCUCCGUCUGGCCCCGCCCAGCCACGCCCCCAGCCGCAGGGGCAGCCACGCCCACAAAUGGGCGGAGCUUCACCACGCCCUGCCCAGCCAGGCCCUGCUCAGCCACGAGGCCCCGCCCAGCCCCGCCCACUCGCUGCACAGCCCCGCCCCCAAACCCCAACGGCCACGCCCCAACCCCGCCCAACCUCCCCGCAGCCACGCCCACAAACCCCGCCCAGCCCAGCUCAGCCACGCCCACAAACCCCGCCCAGCUCCCCACAGCCACACCCGCACGCCCCGCCCACUUCGCAGCCCCGCCCACCUCUGGCUGCCUCGGCGCCUCAGCCACGCCCACCCAGCCCGCAGCCCCGCCCACAAGCUCCGCCCACAUCCCCGCAGCCCCGCCCACAAAUCUCUCCCACAUCCCAACUCCGCCCUCAAGCCCCGCCCACCUCACAGCCCCGCCCUCAAGCCCCGCCCACCUCAGAUCCUCAGCCCCGCCCACCCGGCCCGGCUGUGUCCCCCCAGCCAAGGCCACAAGCCCCACCCACUUCACAACCCCGCCCCCAAGCCCCGCCCACCUCAGCCCCUCAGCCCCGCCCCCAAGGUCCAGCUACCUCACCCCAGCCCCGCCCCCAAGCCCCACCCACCUCCCCCCAGCCCCGCCUCCAGCGCUCCCCAUCCGUGCCCCAGCCCCGCCCCCAAGCCCCGCCCUCCUCCGCCACGCCCCGCCCCCCCGGCCCGCAGGCCCCACCCACCACGCGCCAGCCCCGCCCCCAGGCCCCGCCCAUCGCCCCCAAACCCGUGCUGGCCCCCAAACCCGGCUCCGCCCCUCCCCCCAGCCCCGCCCCCGAGCAGGGCCCCCCCGAGAGCCUGCGGGCGCUGCGGCAGAGCUUCGCCAGCCUCUUCUCCGACUGAGCCCCCAAAACAUCGGGGAGCCCCAAAAUACCAACGGGGCACCCCAAAAUAUCAACGGAGCACCCCAAAAAUCCCACUGAGGGUACCCCAAAACACACCUGGGAGGUACCUCAAAAAUACACCCAGGGCGCCCCAAAAACACACCUGGGGAGCCCCAAAAUAUCAACGGGGGAAAUCCCAAAAACACACCUGGGGAGCCCCAAAAUAUCAAUGGGGGAAAUCCCAAAAACACACCUGGGGAGCCCCAAAAUAUCAAUGGGGCACCCCAGAAAUGCACCCAGGGGAUAUCCCAAAAAGACACCCGGGGGAGCCCCAAAAUACCAACGGGGGUUCCCCAAAAACCUCCUUGGGACACCUCAAAAACUCACCCGGGGAGAGCCCCAAAUUACCAACGGGGGUUCCCCAAAAACCUCCUUGGGACACCUCAAAAACUCACCCGGGGAGAGCCCCAAAUUACCAAUGGGGGUACCCCAAAAUACCAACCUGGGCACCCCAAAAAUUCCACAGGGGACACGUCAAAAACACACCCAAGGGGUGCCCCAAAAACAGUCCCGGGGAGCCCCAAAAUACCACUGGGGGUACCCCAAAUAUCCCACCCAGGAUGCCUGAAAAACCUCCUGGGGACACACCAAAACCCCCCCCAGAGCUCCCCAAAAACCUGCCUGGAGCACCCCAAAAUACCACUGGAGGUACCCCAAAUAUCCCGUGGGAGAACCCAAAAAUUCCACUGUGGGCACCUCCAAAAAAAUCCCUCGGACACCCCAAAAAUCCGAGUGGGGAGACCCCAAAAUCCACCCCUGUGGGUGCCCUAAAAAUUCCCUAAAACUCCCCUGGGCACAUCCCAAAACUUCACACUGGGGCACCCCCAAAACCCCCCUGGGGACACCCCAAAAACUGCCCCAGGGAUGUGCUCAAAUUCCCCUGGGGGCACCCCAAAAAUCCCCCAGGGACACCCGAAAACACCCCUGGAGGGACCCCAAAAACUCCAUGGGGACACCCCAAAACCCCC